CGCUUCCACCCGAACCAAAAAAAUCUCUGCAAAGUGCCAGCUAAAUAUGGUAGGAUACCAGGAUAUUAAAUAGCAGCAGCUCCACAGUCCCCACAGGUAGUCCGCUGUCACUCACGCAUCCGAAGACAGGGUCCGCUCCCGGGCUGCUUUCCGCCCCCUUUCUUAGCUUCCUCUUUUUCCUCCUCUACCCUAACCGGCAUUUCUUUUAACCCCCCCAUUCUUCCGCUGAAAACUAGGUGUUGGCGACGAUCCGCUCACCUACCCCCGCCCACCACCCGUUCAACAAAAGUCCCCACAAAUCCCAGUCCAAAAUACUUGGAGAACUCUCCGUUUUCCCUUGCUGUUCUUGUUUUUGGUCCGUACGAUGGAGUCUUGGUCGGUCUGAGUGGCCGUAGGUUGGGAGCAGGGGAGGGCGAGCGAUGGCUGUGAAGGCGGUUGGGACGUGGGUUGCGGGGUUCCGCCAGAUAGGGCGGAGCGAUCUCGGGUGUAGGAGGGCCGUUGCCGGUGCGGCGGCGGGUCCGAAUUGGACGUUGGAGGUGUCGUGGGCCAGAGGAAGGUUGGAGUGCGCGGGUGUGUGCGUGAAGCCUGUGGAGGAUGUGAAGUCUGUGGAAGAUGAAAACUUGUCGUCGGCGCCUGUUUCGUCUGAGGUGGAUGGAGGGGCGGAGAAUGCGGGUGCAGACGAGGAGCCCGGGAAAUUGAACAGGGAUCUCCCAAAUGGAUUAUUACCAAAACCAUUAUCGUUAACUGAUAUAACUGUUUCUAGCCAUGGAUCUAAUGUGCGUGUAGCAUAUCAGGGUUGUCCAGGUGCAUUCAGUGAGGCUGCUGCCCUCAAAGCUUACCCCCGGUGUGUAGCUGUUCCCUGUGAACAGUUCGAAGUUGCAUUCAAGGCUGUUGAACUUUGGCUAGUUGAUAAAGCAGUUCUUCCAAUUGAGAAUUCUGUAGGUGGAAGCAUCCAUAGGAACUAUGACUUGCUUCUCUGCCAUAGGCUGCAUAUUGUGGGUGAGGUGCAAAUGGCUGUUAACCACUGCCUUAUGACUCUUCCAGGUGUGAAAAAGGAGCAACUAAAACGUGUUUUAAGCCACCCACAGGCACUUGCUCAGUGUGAGAUUGCAUUGAGCAAGUUAGGUGUUAUUCGAGAAAACGUUGAUGAUACCGCUCUUGCUGCUCAGCUUGUAGCCUCGAAUGAUCUAAGGGAUGCUGGAGCAGUUGCUAGUGCCCAAGCUGCAGAAAUAUAUGGACUUGAGAUACUUGAAGAAAGGAUUCAGGAUACACCCGACAAUAUUACUCGUUUCCUUAUUUUGGCUAGGGAGCCUAUAAUUCCAAGAGUAGAUAGGCCCUUUAAGACAAGCAUUGUCUUCACUCUUGAAGAAGGUUCUGGAAUAUUAUUUAAAGCCUUGGCAGUCUUUUCUCUAAGGGGCAUAAAUCUGACAAAGAUUGAAAGCAGGCCACAAAGAAAACGCCCUUUAAGGGUCGUUGAUGACUCAAACCAUGGCACUGCCAAGUACUUUGAUUAUCUGUUCUACAUUGAUUUUGAAGCAUCCAUGGCCGAAACUCGUGCACAAAAUGCCUUGGCUCACCUACAGGAAUUUGCGACAUUCCUUCGAGUUCUCGGCUCUUAUCCAAUGGACACAUCUUCAUAAAUGUCCUACUUUGUGGAGACUACUUUGCAGACACAUACCUUGUCUAUAUUGCUGUAUCUGGGCCCAGACAAAGUUGAUUCAUACUCAAAUUCUUUACUGCUAGGUCUUACCCUAGCAGGUUGAGUAAGGGGACUCUACCAGCAGCAAUGAACUCCACAAGGGAGUCGGACUGCAGCAUCUUUCCUUUCUGAAUUCGCUUCAAGAUUUUGGAAGCUUAUCACUAACCUCAUCAAUAUUGUCAUAUGAUCAAAUUAUUUUUUAAAACUUAUUAUACCUCUUUGCUGCUUUUGAAAUUUUGGAAUGCAGCAAGCUCCUUGAGAAAGACUAAGCAGCUGAUUGGCCAAUCAUGGGCUCAAAUUUGCUUACAGGACUUCUGAGAUACUUCUUAAAUUUACCAUCUAUUUUUCUUCCAUUUAUUUUCCUUCUAUUGUAAGGAUUAUGAGACCUAUAAAUGUUUCUUGGCACAAGUUGCAUUAAUUUAUUAUUCUUGAACCGGAAUUUUGGAAUUC